AUGCCCCCGCCCGCGCGCCUUCACGGCGGCAGCGUCGUCGAGGGCCAGGUCAUACGCAGACUUCACAUCGUCGCACCGUCCGCCACCGUUGUCGUGCGGCUCCACGGCCGCGCCAAGGCGAAGCUCUCCGUGGACCGCGGCAACAACGACAAGAGCCACUAUCGCGGCCGUUUUGACUUCUGGCCCGGCGAAGCUGUGUGCGAGGUCCUCCACCGCGGCCCCAUCCACAUCGCCCCCGGCGCCGGCGAGCACCAGGCCUGGACCUUCACGCUGACCCUGCCCACGUACACGGAUGGUAGGUACAUCAACGCCACCAGGAGCUCCAGCGCGCGGCAAGCCUGCUUCCUCCCCCUCGCCGACGGCGCCGGAGAGAUCCCUGGAACGCCGCUGCCCGGGAGCUUCUAUCUGGACUGCAGAGGUUUCUCCAAGAGCUGGCACGCGUUUGUGGAGUACUGGAUCGAGGCCGAGCUGUCAGUGCAGGGAAAAGGCCCCGUAGCUAGGGCCGUGCUGCCCAUCAAGGUCUUCUCGCCGCCCACGCCGGCGCCGCCGAUCAGCGACUUCGGCCUGGCGCGGCGGACCAUCUCCGGCUGCGUGACCAGCCAGCGGCUGUUUCCGGGGAUGGAGGAGGCACAGCUCUCCUUGAAGCAGAAGACGCACAAGUUCUUCGGGUCCUCCAAGGUGCCGGCUUUCCACUUCACGCUCGACGUCCGGUCUCCCACCGUCAUACAGAUGGGAAACGACACCAGCAUCCCGUUCCUGCUGCAGCUAAGACCCGACGGCGAGAGGACCACAGACGCUAUCCGGGAUGUGCCGCAGACCGUCACCAUCCAGAGCAUGAAGCUCGAGAUACAGUCGAGAGACGAGGUUAUCUGCCCGGGUACCCUGAGUCCCCACGAGGUGGGCGGGACGCUGACGAAGUGCAUAGCCAGGAUAGAUGGCUUUUACCCCCAAAGGCACAAGAUAGUGAUGUCGUCUGGACCGAAGGAAGAGCCUCUGGACCUCGGUGCCGUGCUGAACUUGCGGGUGGACGCCCUGGGCCGGGUCCUCCACGGGGGGGGCGAGUGGCGCGAAAGCACCGGCAGGGAGGUCCUGCCGACGUUUGUGACGUACUGUAUCAAGAUCCAGCAUACGCUGCACUGGAAAAUGCAACUAUCCAUGGCGGGGGAGUCGUGGAGGUGCCAGGGAGCCCAGAGGCUCCUCAUCCUGGCCCCUUGCGAAGAUAUGGCCAGCGGUAGGGUUGAGACCUCUGCGAUGGCUGCGCUGUCGUUGGUGCCGCCCCCGCCUGUCGUCGAGGAGGCGCCAGCCUACGAUGGGCCUAAAGAGGCGGCGCCGGCGUAUGAGAAGGUGGGCGGAGACGGGGAAGACAAAUCGGCAGUAGAAGGUAAGUCGUGA